AUGAUGAAGCAAUUUUGUAGGGAUGCCAAAGACCCAUUUCUGCAGACAUUACGCAAAAUUGAUGACAAGUCACUAAUUACAGAAGUGAGGAAAUACCUGCAACAUAAGAGUUCUCCUUCAGUGUCUAUCCCACCUCUGCAUCUCACUCAUUGUGUAUGUCUCCCAUCUCCCUCACCCCAAGAUCUAGCUGAGUCUGCCUCAGUUGAGCCAACUCAGGCUUCUCCUAUGCACUCUUAUCCUAACUGUGUUACUCAGUCUCAAGGUGCAUCCACCUCUACAACUAUGUCUACUAGCUCAAGGUCUUCCUCUGAAUUUGAAUCUUCUCAGUCCAAUGUUCCCAAUUCCUCUCAUACUGGCUCUAAGUCAGAUUCUGGUCAAUCAUCCAGUUUGUGA